CAAGAACCUCCCUUUACACAGAAUAAAUGUCAUGUAAUAACCCAACAACACCAGCUUCCCUGUGGAGGACCAAAAAAAACACAGUGAGAAAAGAUGGGAAAGGCACGUACUGUAGGAAUCGGCAUGGACUACUCUCCUACCUGCAUCUCAGCUCUCCGGUGGGCAGCAGAGAAUCUAGCCGAAAACGGAGAUCGAAUCAUCUUAACCCAUGUCCAGCCUCCCAGAGCUGAUCACACCAGGAAGGAGCUCUUUGAGAACACUGGAUCACCUCUGGUUCCUCUUGAGGAAUUUAGAGAAAUCAAUUUCUCGAAGCAAUACGGGCUCAAGUAUGAUCCUGAGGGAGAUAAAACUCCAGAGGGAUCUCUGGCGGCCCAGCCAAGGCAGUUCUCAGUCACCCCAUCAGAAGCCAUGGUUAACUAAUACAGCAAUACAGCAAUACAGAAAUACAGCAACAGUUUUCUAAACAUAUAUUGAUCCAACAGACAACAUUGCAGGAGGGAAAAACAUAGAGAUGCAAAUGUAAAGUGAUUGAUGAAUUAGAAAUGAACCACGUGUUCCUAGAGUAUAAGAGCAAAAGGGUUUCCAAGAAUAUGGGAGCAGAGACCAAUCCAAAGGAUUUCAGAUGAGAUCAUGAUACUCCUUUCUACUUGACUUGCGAUAUGUUUUCCAAACACCGAUUAAACAAAACAGAUCCAGCAGUACCAUCCAUUUCAUAACAAAACAGAACCGAUUUCCAGAUUCUAACGUUUGAUUAGCUAAUUACUUGGUACAAAUUCAAUAAGAUUACAUGAAUCCGUAAAUCUCGUAAGAUGUUGCAGCGAGUGUAGGUGCAUGUGUGUAUGAGGGGAGUGGUGGGAGAGAAGGGAAAUAGAAGGUGUUUGGAGGUCUACAACAGAAGAGAAACAAUCAAACAAAGAUAAUGAAAAUGAUUGUGAAGAGAGAAGACAAGAGAAGAACUUACUGCGAACUCGAAAGCACCUGAGGACUCGAUUGGGAUUUCACGGUUAUAGAUUUUUCUGAAUAUCGUAAGGCAGAGUCCCAUGGUUUUCUGCUUCUGGUUUUUCAGUUGGUUUGGAGUAAGAUAUAAUACAUGGGCAAUGGGAUG